GUAUCAUCGAUUUACAAUUAAAACACUUCAAACGCUCUCUCUGUAGUCUGUACUUUGCCUCUUCAUUUCGCCCUUUCUUGCACCGCAAAACUGGGCCCCAAUCCUCUCCCUUUGUUUGAACUCCGCAUACGAGGAUCAAGCACACUCUUCGAGAAAGUGAAACAGUGAGAGCAACUUCAAAAUUUCAAUCUCAUAUAGGGUUACAUGAAGUAAUCGGCGUCGGCAGCGGCAGAGGCGGUGGCGGUGUUCAGUUUGAAUUUGGUACGAUGGCUUCAUAUAGGAAUGGGAGGGGGACGGUGAAGGUGGAUCGUGCUCAACCAACUGGUUCAUCGAAUCUCAGAGCAUCUUCUUCCUUCAAAUCGAAGAAUUCUAUUGUUCGUCGUAGCAACUCCAGUGCUGGUUUCGAUGAUUCAGUUUCUGGUCGAGUUAGAGUUGCUGUCAGAUUGAGACCUCAAAAUGCUGAGGAGAUGGUAGCAGAUGCUGAUUUUGCUGAUUGUGUGGAAUUGCAACCAGAGUUUAAACGAUUAAAACUUCGAAAGAACAAUUGGGAUUCAGACACUUAUGAGUUUGAUGAAGUGCUAACUGAAUCUGCAUCACAGAAGCGUGUUUAUGAAGUUGUUGCCAAACCUGUAGUGGAGAGUGUUUUAGAUGGUUACAAUGGGACAGUGAUGGCUUAUGGUCAAACGGGCACAGGGAAGACUUUUACUCUUGGAAGAUUGGGUGAUGAAGACACAUCAGCUCGUGGGAUCAUGGUCCGUGCAAUGGAAGAUAUACUUGCUAACAUAAGCCGGGAUUCUGAUUCUGUCAUGAUCUCAUAUUUGCAGCUUUACAUGGAGACAAUUCAAGACCUCCUAAAUCCAUCAAAAUGA